AUGGAGGCCAGCCUGACGUGCGCCGUGUGCCUGUCCCUCUUCGAGGAGCCGGUGACGCUGCCCCUCUGCUCGCACAACUUCUGUCGGGACUGCGUGCUGGAGUGCCUGGCCUCGGCCGAGGCCGCCCGCCUGCAGCAGCAGCGGGGCCAGGGGCAGGCCCGCCUCUCCCGGGGGGGGCCGUGGCCGGGCGCUGGCGGCGGCGCGGCCAGCGGCCGCGUGUCGUGCCCGCUGUGCAGGAAGCUCUGCCCGCUGCCCCGCGGCGGCGCCGCUGCGCUGCCCGUCAACACCACCCUGGCGGAGGUGGUCAAGCUCUACCGGUCCGGCACGGCGGGGGCCUCCAAGGCUGGGGAGGCAGGGCAGGGGCCUGACCUGCUCUCUCCGCUGGCGCUCGGGGGAACCUGCCAGAAGCAUCCGAGCCGGCUGGUGCAGCUCUACUGCCGGAUGUGCCGCCAGGCAGGGUGCGGGCAGUGCGUCUCUGAGGAGCACCAAGGCAUCUUCCACUCGGUCAACCUCAUAGACACUGUGUACCAGGAAGAAAAAUUAACCUUCUUCAGCAGUCUAAAAAAAAUGAGAAUAAUAAAUGAGAAGCUGAUGAAUGAAAUAUCAAGUCAACCGAAUGAUAUGGAAGUGGUGCUGAACAAUGAUGCAGAGAUAAUUGCACUGGAAUUUGGAGAAAUUUUCAAAACUCUGGAAAUGAAGAAACGGCAAUUGCUAGAAGAUGUUGAAAAUCAAAGAAGUAAAACAGAGAAAGAAUUUCAGAUUUGGAAGAAAAUGAAGGAAACUCACAAGAAGACCAUUGAGAAUUUUUUGAAGGAUUGUGAAAAGCUUGUCCAUGAGUGUGAUCCCCAGUGUUUCCUGGAGGUGGCCUGUGGCUUGAAUACAAGAAUGAAAACUCAUCUUGACCUGAUGAAUAUAGCAUCCAGCUAUGAAAAACCACCAGAGUACACUCAAAAGAAGAUGGAUAUCAAACCUGUGGUUAACGAAAUCUUGGCUUUGAAGUUAAUGCCCCUUAAUGUAGGCAUUGUUAAAGAUCUACCUUCUGCAGGAAAUGAGAACUCAACAAAAAAUACUCUAUUUAAAAGUAACAUAAAGCAAUGGCAGGACCAGAAGAAUAUACCCAACACGUUUCUUCCUGUAGCAGGACAGGAGGAAGCACUAGCAGACGGUAGCAGGAUUUGUACUCGCUUAAUGUCAAUAUCAGAAAUGUCAGCGUUUCAAAACAUGAGUCAUGAGGAGUUGCGUUACAAAUACUACAUGGAACGUCAGCAGCUCACCAAUGAGUUCAAGACACAAACUUUACCUGCAAAUAAAAAGUAUAAAUUUGUAACUGCUGAGGCUUUGAAGAUUAGGUCCUCCGGAAAUCCUUUUGUAUUUUCACCUACCAAAGCAAAUAACACAGAUAAAGUAAAAAUCGGAACCCUGCAAAGAGCAGAUGGCUUUGAGAGAAGCUUUUCUGGAACCAGUAAUCACAGCAUCCCAUCCACAAAUACGAACUUUUCUGAAACAAAUGGUGACUUAAAAUUGUUUUGUGAGAGGAGUUCCCAGGAAGUAACCACUCCAGCCUUCUCAGAAAACUCUAAAGGCUUAGUAAUUAAAGAAAAAUUGCCAAUGCAGGCAUCAGCAGUUACUGUUUCCAAUGAAAUGGACACAAAUUCUAGCGCUUCAUCUGGCUUAAAACCAGCAGCAUCAGUAGCUGUUACUGUUUCAGAUUUAGAAUUUCUAGAUGUUUCUGCAGAGAGACUUUCUGCUUCAUCUUUUGCGUUCAGUGCAUGUAACAACUCGUUACCCAGAUUUAUUAAAGAUGCAGGUACAUUUUCCUUUAAAAAGAAAGACAGAAAAUAUGUUUUCCCUCAAUUUUAUCUAGGAAAAUGUGAUCCUGCGGAUAAAACAGAUAACCAGGAUGAAAGCAAAUUUAGAAAACAUGGUCCUGUAACCAAACCCACAGUUUCUGAUGCUUCAACCAGUCCUAAUUUAGACUCAGCAGAAAGUGUGAAGACAGAUUUUUCAUUUCCCUUUGGCAAUCCAGAAAGAGACGGUUUUGCAGGACCGGGAGUCAGCAAUUCAUGUAAGGUUUUACCAUUAUCCUCAUUUUUUAGCCAAUCUGAUAAGCCAUCUGACAAAAAUACAUUAUCUCACAUGAGAGAAAAAACACUUUUUGCAAAGGAAACUGCAGGAUAUGGUACACAGAAACUAUCUGUCUCAUGGGAACAAAAAGCCAACGCCUCAAAAUCCAUCACAACUGUAGCUUGCAGUACUUCAGAAACCAACACUGCAGCUGGGGUGAAUGAUGCCUCUGAGUCCCCCCUUCUCCCCACUAAUUGUGUAUUUUCCUUCAGAAAUAACUGUUCUCAGGUGCCUUCACCAGUAUUUUCAUUUGGAAGUAUUGUCAGAAAUACCUCUGAUUUGCUGACUUCCUCCAUGUUUUUGUCUGGAAAUGCUACUGAAAAAAUGGAGAAAGAGAUGAAAUCUCCUGACAAAACGCUUAUAAAUCUAGGGAAGCCUGUAUCUUCAGAGUGUGCAGAGCCUGCUUCUGGAUAUAGUCAUCCAAAAAAUGAAGGUUCAUUCUUUCCUAUAAAUUCAUCUAAGAAAACUGAAAGUGCAGAAAUGCUUGCUGAUAGUAAUUCUUGUAGCCAGCCUUUAUGUUCAGUUGCCCUUCCUGUUAAAUAUGAGAAUGUAUCUUCCACUCAACUUUCUAUUACAGCAACAAAACAAGAAACAAAGGUAAAAGAUGCAAAAAGUGAAACCGUUGCUGAAAACAACUGUUUCUGUCCUAGGAGGGAAGAUGAAUCUGAGUCUGUACAAUUUCAGAAUGCAGCUUGUUCUGUUCCUGGCACAUGCAAUAAUCCAUCUUCAGGAGGUUCUAUGCUUAUUGUAAAUGAGGCAGGAGGAAUGCCAAGUGACAGUGAUUCUGACACUGAAGAGCUAAGUCAAACAUCCGUCUCCACUGAUACCAGCAGUGCAUCAGAAUAUUUUUCUGUUGCCGAAGACAAAAUAUCUACUAGAAGAAAAUCGGAGACAUGAAGACAGAGUAAAACGGAAGAUAACUAUACUUAAAUAAGUUGGAAUUCAGUAAAUGCUACUUAACACAUCAAAAAGUGGGGAUGCCUGUGAUUUUACAGCUGUUAUUCUCCCUGAUUCUUGCGAAUUGAGGUAUCUCUGUGUUAGAAACGUAACUGCUUAUCCACAAGUACAAUGUACUAAAGCAAUUUUUAGAGUACAAACCCAAACUGAAGAAACAACCAAAAAUGUCAUGUCUUGUUAAAGACUCAAGUAUGACUAUAUAUGCUGUAUCUUUAAGAAUGCAGACCUUCCGGGAAGUGCCAGUGGGGUAUGUGUGGGUGGUGGGGGACUGAGGUGUCCCAGAAAGCAGGUUUGGUGAAGCCUCGGCAACAGGAAGCAGUAUAUUGCUGUUGUGGUACAGCAGCGCUUGCACUAGGGUUAAAUCAGUAAGCGUGCACACAAUAGCAUUCACCUCAUAGGCAGGGAGGGAGGACAGCCAUGGGGAAAAUAAAGAAUGUUGAAGGGCAUUACUGAAAAUUAUUUUGCAUAUCUCCCUUUGGCUGUUUUCUUUUUCUAUGAUGUAUUUAAUAUAUAUCGAAUGUGCAACUUCUGGUGUAAUUUCUCUUAUGCUUUUGAAAUUGAAACACCACAUCAAUGCAUUGUCUUGUUAAACACCACAGAAGGGUGUCAGCUACACUCCUGAAAUGCUGCAUUUAUGAAAAGUAACUCACAACUAAUUUUCAGUUCCUUUUGGCAACAGUUUGGGAGUCAGUGGACAGAUAUUAACUUGCUGUUUUGAUGAAAGCAUUAGGAGAAUCUAGCUUUUAAAACACAAAAAUCUCCUUUUACAAUUUGUAUAACAACAGGAAAAAAGGAAAGUAAGUAUUAAUGAUCCAGAACUCAUUGAAUUUUUAGUCUAUGAAAUAUGAUACAAAGUGAGGAUAAAAAUACAAUCUUUUCUAAUGUAUUAACCAUUUUCUUGCAUCCAAGAGGUAAUUGUGCUUUAGCUAUUAGAAUACACAGACGGUAGUAUUCUUUUAGAUUAAAGCUCUGUUUCAUGUAGUGAAAUCUGGCUGGUGCCAGAUCUUAAAUAAAUUAAUCCUGCAUUAGGUAGGCAUGUCAACUGGCAAGUAUUAGAUCAGAAUGCAGACUGUUUAAUAUCCCUUCAGAAGUUUUCACUGGCAACUAGA